AUGACCGCCGUGACUUUGGAUCCCACCGUUGCUCAAGCGGUGCAUUUGCUCUACCCUCACAACGCUUUUGAGUUCGAACAGUACCUGUCAUCCGGUCCAUCCGGAUUGAAGCUUGCUACCGAUGAUCAGCUCUGUCGAGCGCACGUCGCACACUUGACAGCUGGCGCGCCACCAUGUCCUCUAGGCCCCAGCUGCCCCCUCCGCCACACAGCUCCGGGUUCCCAAAAUUUCAGACCACCGGCUCGAGACCCCCAUAAAAGGACGGUAUGCAAGCAUUGGCUUAGGGGCCUGUGCAAGAAGGGAGAUCAGUGCGACUAUCUGCACGAGUACGACAUGAGGAGGAUGCCCGAGUGCAGAUUCUUUGCUACCUUUGGAUUUUGCAACAGUGCGGAUGAGUGUUUGUAUUUGCAUGUGGACCCCAAGAGCAAGAUCAGAAGCUGCGAGUGGUACGAACGUGGGUUUUGUCCCAAGGGUAGGUACCAAGUCACGAGGUAGUCGGUGCGAUGGUGUUUCCUGUCUUUGUGCUGACCUUCAGCUACGCUUCUUUCACCCCACGGACAGGUCCAGACUGUCCAAAGAAGCACAUCAGACGGCCAGCAUGUCCCCUGUACCUGGCCGGCUUCUGCCCCAAGGGCAAAGAGUGCAAGCAGGGACAUCCUAAGACGACGCUGCCAUCCGCUGAGUCCAGGCGCUCAUCGCCGGUGACUACUCACCGGCCCAUGACGCUUGAAGAAGCGUUUGGCGAUAGAGGAAGAGGCAGGGAUGGGGACGAUGAUGACAUGGCACAACGCAGGAGUAGACCCUCUGAAAGAACCGGAGGAGGAAGGACUGGUCUGAUACCGCGAGAAGGGCAGGGAGCUAGAAGGUAUGCCAACAACGCACCCCAACAGGGCCAGCAGCCCGGCCCACCACCAGGCGGAUUCAAGAGGGAGCUAAGUGAGGUCUUGUGCUUUAAGGUGAGUCGACUGGGUGAUCAAAACGACCUGGAAUCGUGUACUUAGCUCUUUCAUUCCCUCUUUGCCCCUUUCAUUUCAGUGCAACGAGUAUGGACAGUGAGUAAUGAAGACAUGAGCAUGUAUGCUGGGCUCGCCGCUAAUUUAUUUGCGUUGCCGCCACACCAUAGCUUCGCCAACAUGUGUCCUAAUGCAGCGGUGCCAGGUCAACGAGGAGGCGUCGAGAGGGCAUCCGCUGGCAGAAACAAGGAGUACGGCAGCGGACGAGGUGGGCCGUACUAG